AUGGGGACUCUCACGAGCGUCGCUUUCGCAGCUACGCUUAACAUCAGAUUCCGAUCGUUUCACUGCAGUCUCCGGGAGAAGAUUAAGACACCAAUGCCCAAAGUUACAUCAGCGAAAGAGAGAUUAUACUUCUCUUGCACAGAGGAUUAUCAUAGAUUUAGGGUUGUAAAGUGUUUAGGCAGUGAUCAAAACGGUAAUGGCGGAGAUAACGGAGACAAUUCAACUAUAAAAACGGCAUCCCGAGAAGAAGAAAAAGAAGAAGAAGAAGAAAAAGAAGAUGAAGAAGCAGACGAGAGAAGUAACAGUAGCAGCAGCAGCAGCAACGAGUUUGGUUCCGACAAGACUCCUUCUGUUUCGUCAAGGCCAUCAACUGAAUCGCCAAUUGAUCCGACAUUUAGCAGCUUCCAAAUAGACUCAUUUAAGCUAAUGGAGCUUCUUGGACCCGAGAGAGUAGAUCCCGCAGAUGUCAAGUUAAUAAAGGACAACAUUUUCGGCUAUUCGACAUUCUGGGUGACUAAAGAAGAGCCAUUUGGGGACCUUGGAGAAGGUAUACUCUUUCUUGGAAACUUGAGAGGAAAAAGAGAAGAUGUUUUUGCAAAACUUCAGAGAAAGCUAGCUGAGCUUGCUGGCGAUAAAUAUAACUUGUUCAUGAUUGAGGAGCCUAACUCGGAAGGACCAGAUCCACGUGGCGGUGCCCGUGUCAGCUUCGGUUUGCUUCGUAAAGAGGUCUCGGAGCCAGGACCGACCACACUGUGGCAGUAUGUGAUUGCUUUCAUAUUGUUUCUUUUGACAAUUGGUUCCUCUGUGGAGCUAGGAAUUGCUUCUCAGAUUAACCGUUUACCUCCUGAGGUGGUGAAGUAUUUCACCGACCCUAAUGCUGUUGAACCGCCUGAUAUGGAGCUUCUGUAUCCAUUUGUUGAGUCUGCAUUGCCUCUGGCUUAUGGUGUCUUGGGAAUCCUUUUGUUUCAUGAAUUAGGACACUUUCUUGCUGCAGUUCCAAAGAAAGUAAAGCUUAGCAUUCCUUACUUCAUCCCGAACAUUACUCUCGGUAGUUUUGGUGCAAUCACACAGUUCAAGUCAAUUCUUCCGGACCGGAGUACAAAAGUUGACAUAUCGCUAGCUGGUCCAUUCGCCGGAGCUGCACUAUCAGUAUCCAUGUUUGCUGUUGGUCUGUUCCUAUCUACAAACCCGGACGCAGCUAGCGAUCUUGUACAGGUUCCCAGCAUGUUGUUCCAAGGUUCAUUACUUCUUGGACUCAUCAGCAGAGCAACUCUGGGAUACGCAGCUAUGCAUGCUGCAACGGUUUCAAUCCACCCGCUUGUUAUCGCUGGAUGGUGUGGUUUAACAACAACAGCUUUUAAUAUGCUUCCUGUUGGAUGUUUAGAUGGAGGAAGAGCUGUACAGGGGGCAUUUGGGAAAAAUGCACUGGUUACAUUUGGUUUGUCAACCUAUGUAAUGCUUGGACUCAGAGUGCUUGGAGGCCCCUUGGCACUUCCUUGGGGACUCUACGUGCUAAUCUGCCAGAGAACACCUGAGAAACCGUGCUUAAACGAUGUGACCGAGGUUGGAACAUGGAGGAAAGCCCUUGUCGCAACUGCGAUUGUCCUGGUGGUUUUGACACUUCUGCCUGUAUGGGACGAACUCGCAGAAGAGCUUCCAAGUUUUGUGAAUGCGGCUGAAAGUGAUGUUGUGGCUGCAACUGACGUCGAGGAAGCUGCGGCUCCAAUUGAGGCUGCAUUAGAUGGUGAGGAAAGUUGA